GCCGCAGCGAGGGGGUUUUUUGGUUGUUUUUUUUUUCCUUCCUUCUUGUCACAUGUUUUAACGUCAGUGCAGAAACGCUAAUCUUUCUGGAACUGUAUAAAGUCGUUGCUCUAGCGGCAAAAUUAAAAGCAGAGCUUUAAAAUGCUGCGGUAGGCGUCUGUGUGGAUCAACGUGCAUCUCCCAUCUCAGGCUUUCACCCUGUGAUCUGCAGUUUGUCGUUUUGUAAUGUUCAUGUAGAUUCUGUUAAGGCUUUGGGGGGGGCUUUAUCACGAGAUCUCUGUUUAUAUUUUUCUAGUGCUACUGUUGCCUUUUUUUAUAUUGUUUUGUAUAUUAAACGUUUGCUGUUGCUUAAACUGCUACUGCAUUUCUUUUUUUUUUUUCUGUUUAAAUACUAAUGACGUUCUUGGAGUCUUUGAGAUAACCAGAUGCUCUGUGUCACAGUCGGAACACCUGCACUGCAUAGGAACUGUAGAGACCUUGUUUGACAGCUGAAGGCUUGAACGCUUCUCAACCUGCAGGAAAAAACACUGUCUGUCACCUCAAUAAUCAAUAAAAUGCUUGGCUUAAAAACCCACGUUGCUUGCAUCACACUGUUAAUGUUGCCAAGAACAGGUUCUGGGGAGGGGGGGGUGGCAAGAAACUUGAAUUUGUUCUCACUCGUGUUCCAGUAAUUCAGUCUUAGAGAAUAAUUUUUUAAAAUUCAUUACUUAUUGUGGAUUUUUUAAAGUUUCUAUGACUGAUGUUUACAUGGCAGAGCUGUGAGCGUGAAUGCACAUUGGUACCUGACUUUGUUCUCGUAUGCCUCUGGAAAACAGAUAAAGGAGGAUUAGAUUGGGCUUGAAAUUAAAACAGAACUGAAAAGCAGGGAAUAUAAGAUGAGGAGGGGAAGUGUAAGGGGGAAAAUGUUUUGCGGGUGUUGUGCCUGUCUUGCAGGGAUCAGAAAGGCGUUGCAGGCAGAGCAGUUGGGAUCAUUAAACUGGAAGUCAGCACAGUGUAAAGCCUGGAGUAUUUUGUCUGAUCUCUGGGGUGCUGGUACCUGCCAAAAGCCCUAAGCCUGGUGAUAGCAAGAAGAGAUCAGCUGUAGUUUUGAAUUGGCACGGCUGCUCCAGAAAAUCUGAAGAAUUGCUUAAAUGGAGAGUUUACUCAUAAGCCAUAUGGUUGUUUGCAUUAACUAUUAUGGUGAAAAAAAUCCCAGCCUUAAUUUUUGUGCUUGUAAUAAAUGAAACAAUAAGGAUUAGACUGAAGGACUGCCAUUGUGUUUCUUGGUUUUGUGAAAUUAGAAGAAAUCCUGAAGAUAGCAGAACAGUAUCUAAAGUGAAUUUUGCUCACGUUAAUACUGAGAAUGAAACCCAUAGUUCACAGGAGCAGGAAUAGUGUGUGUAAACUUUGCCAGAAGCGUUGGGUAACUUGAGUUGUUGUUCUAGGAACGUGAUGGGUGUUUGUUCUCCAUGUUUGUUGAAUUUUUUUUAAUUUGUUUGUUGGCAUCCGAUGGUAGGGUCAAGGGCAACUUUAGUAGGUUUUAUUGUGAAAGAGAUGUCAAUAAGCUGGAUUUCUCUAAUAAAUGUUAGCAAGAGGACGUGAGCUAGCAACUCUCUGACCUGGAAACGAACUUUUGGACUCCAUAAUUGCUUGUGGUGCUAGUAGGUGGAAACCAGGAGUUAAAAUCCUCUGUAGAUCAUGCACCAAAAUAAACCAUCCUCUAAACUUUUAAAGUGGUUAGAAGUUAUUGACAGUUUCUUUUUUUUUCUUUGGUUAGUGUUUUCACUUCUGUAAUACUUAAAAGCACACUCCUUGGCCUGGUCUGCUUUUUGCAGAUCUCUGGGUGUUGUUUUUUUUCCCCUUCUGAUUCCUUGAAUUUCACACAUCACUCAGCGUAUCAGCAUUCAGUCUGUAGAUUCCAGGCUCUUCCUCACUAACUUGCAGCUGUUAUUUUAUGUGCACAUUUUUAAAAAUAAAAAUGUUAAGGUAUAGUCUAAAGCUCGUUAGAAGCUUGCCCAUUAAAUUCUAUUUGUAUUCAUUCCAGCUGUCUGCUUGGUUUGCACUUCUUUUGCCAUGUAGAGCCACAACUAUAGGGAAGUAUUAUCUUGCAUAAGGGAUCAAGUUGAAAAUUCAGGGGAGAAAAUUCCUCUUCAAAAUUGAACUGCAUUCUUUAAUGGUGACUAGUUCUGAUGUUGAAGUGCUUGAGUUUUCUUUAGUAAUAUUUGCAUGCAUUAAUUUAUCUGAUUAUUGGUCAGAAGAGUUAUUUAAUGUCAGAGUAAAGCUUAAUUCUUUCAUUACUACUGGGAUUUGAUUAUUAUCAAUAUAGGCUAAUAAAACCUCAGUAGAUUAUUUGUUUCUAGUGCAGAUGAAUCCCAGUUCAUGUAUUCACAUAAUCUUUACUAUUGUUCUAAUUUGUGUAAUACAGUAAUAGAAUUUAAAAAUUAAUGUGCAAGAGCAACUGUAAAAAAAAAAAAAAAAAAAAAAAAAAGCAGUACCUUAACAUUUUUCAAAUUCACUUGCGGGUGUGGGAAAUCGUUACCUCUAAUAUUAAAGUGAUUAACGAGGCAGUCAGGUAAAACAGUGGUUCCAUGUGUCACUGUGUGAGAUUUGUGGAAGUAUUGCAGAUCUUGCACAGAUUUCUUAUCUUCUGCAGAUAAUUUAUUAUUCAUGACCUUUAUGCUUAUUUAAUGUAUAUAAUUGUAAUUUACAUUAUAUAAUAAUUAUUAUAUAUGCAAAAUUUAAGGAGUUGUAGACCACAUCAGUGCAUUUAUUUUAACAAUGCUCUUUAAAAAUAUUAUGAUUAAUCUUCCUUUUACCCCUCCCGUCCCCAGGGUCAAUUAAGUGAGAGCAUGGACCAUGGAGGAGUUGGCCAAUAUGACCUUGGCAUGGAACAUUGUGAAAAAUUUGAGAUUUCAGAAACUAGUGUAAACAGAGGUCCAGAAAAGAUCCGACCAGAGUGCUUUGAGUUACUGCGCGUACUUGGCAAAGGUGGCUAUGGAAAGGUAUUUCAAGUACGAAAAGUAACUGGAGCAAACACCGGGAAAAUAUUUGCCAUGAAAGUUCUUAAAAAGGCAAUGAUUGUAAGGAACGCAAAGGAUACAGCUCAUACAAAAGCAGAGCGGAACAUACUGGAGGAAGUGAAGCAUCCCUUCAUCGUAGACUUAAUUUAUGCCUUUCAGACUGGUGGAAAACUCUACCUCAUCCUUGAGUAUCUCAGUGGAGGAGAACUAUUUAUGCAGUUAGAGAGGGAAGGGAUAUUUAUGGAAGACACGGCUUGCUUUUACUUGGCAGAAAUCUCAAUGGCACUGGGGCACUUGCAUCAAAAAGGAAUUAUCUAUCGUGAUCUGAAGCCAGAAAAUAUCAUGCUUAAUCAUCAAGGUCAUGUAAAAUUGACUGACUUCGGAUUAUGUAAAGAAUCUAUUCACGAUGGAACAGUCACACACACAUUCUGUGGAACAAUUGAAUACAUGGCCCCUGAAAUCUUGAUGAGGAGUGGGCAUAAUCGUGCUGUGGACUGGUGGAGUUUGGGGGCAUUAAUGUAUGACAUGCUGACUGGAGCACCUCCUUUCACUGGGGAGAACAGAAAGAAAACAAUUGACAAGAUUCUCAAGUGUAAACUCAACUUGCCUCCCUACCUCACACAAGAAGCCAGAGAUCUGCUUAAAAAGCUGCUAAAAAGAAAUGCUGCCUCACGUCUAGGAGCUGGUCCUGGAGAUGCUGGAGAAGUUCAGGCUCACCCGUUCUUCAGACACAUUAACUGGGAUGAGCUGUUGGCACGAAAGGUGGAACCUCCUUUUAAACCCUUGUUGCAAUCUGAAGAGGAUGUGAGCCAGUUUGACUCAAAGUUUACACGUCAGACACCAGUUGAUAGCCCAGAUGACUCUACUCUCAGUGAAAGUGCCAACCAGGUCUUUCUGGGUUUUACGUACGUGGCUCCAUCUGUACUUGAAAGCGUAAAAGAGAAAUUUUCUUUUGAACCAAAAAUCCGAUCGCCUCGCAGAUUCAUAGGUAGCCCUAGGACACCAGUCAGCCCUGUAAAGUUUUCCCCUGGGGAAUUCUGGGGAAGAGGUGCUUCUGCCAGCGCAUCAAAUACUCAGACACCUGUGGAAUAUCCAAUGGAGACAAGUGGAAUAGAACAAAUGGAUGUGACAGUCUGUGGAGAGGCCUCGGCACCGCUUCCAAUCCGGCAACCAAACUCUGGGCCAUAUAAAAAACAAGCUUUUCCCAUGAUUUCCAAACGACCAGAGCACUUGCGCAUGAAUCUAUGACAACACCAUUUUUUUUUAAGCCUUUGAAGGUGGAAAACAAAGAACGGACAUAAGCCCCCUUGAAGUCGAAAUGUGAGGGCUUGUAUGGUUUACUUUUAAAAAGUGACAGUAUCAAAGAGUCAGUCCUUGCACAGAGCGACUUGGAAAGCAAAGAAAAAAUGGAUUUUUUUUUUUCUGUCAAUCAAUGGUGCAUAAAAAAAAAACUUUAGAAAAUGGUAUUGCAGAACUCUAGGCACAUCAUCUAACUGAUUCGCAGUGACAUCUUCUCACCUUAUCAAGGAUUUUUCAGCUUGAUAGCUUGAAACUGACAGUAUUAAGGGUCAGGAUGUUGCUUCGGAAUCACUGGUCUAGUCGUGAAUGUGUCGAGGAGGGUUAGCCCUUUCACUAGGCAAACUCUGAAAUGCCUACGCGCUUGCGUCUGAGGAAUAAUUAGCAUGCAAGCUUGGUUAAGCUGUUUCCUACAAUGGGGUGGAAUCAAAGAUGAAAGAUAAAAUUAAUUGGUAUUUCACAUUCAAAACAUAAUGAGUUUUUUAUAUAUAUAAAAAUAUAUAUUUUUCAAAUAGAUUUUUUUGAUUCAGCUCAUUAUGGAACGUAUCCCAAAAUUAGAAAAGAAAAAAAAAAAAAAAAAGCAAAAUAAUUGGUUGCUGUGAAGAAAGCAAAGGCUCUAGUUCUGAUUCUUCUCCUCAUGAAACAACAAAUCAAUAAGCGAAUCGCUCAAUGACCAGCUUGGCAAUGUGGGGUGGGAGAGAACUCUUUUCACUUGCUUCCCCAGCUGAAAUCCCUGUUCCUGCAAAGACACCCGGAUCCAAUCAAACGGCAAUGCUGCUAUGUUCUAGGCUUAACUGGAAGCCGUGGGCUCACACACGUGUCCUGCUUAUUUCAGCCAUGUCCUCAGCAGACAUUUCACUGGGAAAGAUCACUUUUGUAUACCCUAGUCCUUAGCUGGAGACAGCCAAAUGCCUUCAGAUUCUUACCCAUAGAAAAAAGAUCAGGAAAAAGUGCAUCGGAAUUCCAAGGUCAGUGGAAACACAUAGGAAAUACCACAGGAAACAUAUCCAAAUUCUACCUAGUAUAAGGAAAUAAAUAAACCUCUUUGUAACCAGUG